AUGGACAACGUUAGUUUAGUUGGACGGAAGGAAUUUUUAUGGCAAGCCAGGUACGUUAAACACACAUCUGAAUGUCGGGGCCGGAUAUUAGAUGCUUAUUUUCCAUCAUCGUCUUCUUCCUCAACAACGGCAUCAUCAUCAUCAUCAUCAUCUUCAUCAACAUCAUCUUCUUCAUCAUCCUCCUCAUUCCCAUUCGCUUACAUCGCCAACGGAUCCGACUCUCACCUCUACAAAUUGGACUUGCAUCGGCGGAAGUACGUCAAAAAAAUCUCGCUGGUGCAUCCCUGCCGAGUCUCGUCGGUAGUUUUCAUCGGUGUCGCAGGCAAAGUCGUGCUGAUGUGUGCUGCCGAGAAGAAAGUGAAGUUGAGAAAUCACACUGAUGAUGAGGAUGAAGAAGAAGAUGGAUAUGUGAAUGGUGAUGAUCCGCGGCAUCUCAAAAGCAACUGCAUAAUGUUGGACAUCAUGACGGAUUCUUCGGAGGUUUGUGCGUUCCGAGGCGGGCUUUACGUCAGCCAGGACAACAAACACGUCGUGAGUUACGAUAGCGACGAGAACUAUAUCGACGUAUUCGCUCAGCAGAUUGACGGUUCUUUAAAAUAUCUACACGGCAAACAUCUCAUUCAAGAUAAAAUCAACGAAGUUCUCCUACUGGACAGGCUGGCAGGCCCUGAAAUGGUUGCUUUGUCUUCGGCCGAGGGUUCCUUGCUCUUUGUGCAACUUGAAAAUUUAAAUUUUGAAACAAUCGAAGCAAUAGGUCUGGGUGAAGAAGCAAGUGCGAAAACACGGCGUAGACGGUUAAUUCGCGACUCCAAGCAGGAAAGUGAUUAUUUGGCGGUCGACUCGUCCAACAUGCUGACAGUCAUCGACGUUCAAAGGAGAACCGCCCACUGCCAAAUUAUAAAACGCCACACAACGAAUUAUAUCAUAGCCCACGUGAAUUAUUAA